AUGUCCUUCACUGUCCCAAGCACCGAGAUUACCCGUUCUCUUUCUCUUUCUCUCUCUUUCUCUCUCUCUUUCUCUCUCUCUAUCUCUUUAAAACUCUAUCUCUUUCUCUCUGUCUUUCUCUCUCUGUUUCUCUCUCUAUCUAGAGGAACUAAAACCUAUCUCUCUCUCUAUUUCUCUCUCUUUCUCUCUCUCUUUCUCUCUCUCUAUCUCUUUCUCUCUCUAUCUCUUUCUCUCUGUCUUUCUCUCUCUGUUUCUCUCUCUAUCUAUCUCUAUCUACCUAUCUCUCUCUCUCUAUCUCUCUCUUUCUCUCUCUCUUUCUCUCUCUAUCUCUUUCUCUCUGUCUUUCUCUCUCUCUCUUUCUCUCUCUAUCUAUCUCUAUCUACCUAUCUCUCUCUUUCUCUAACCUUCUCUCUCUUUCUCUCUCUCUUUCUCUCUCUAUCUCUUUCUCUUUUAUUUUCUCUCUCUCUUUAUCUCUAUCUAUCUCUAUCUACCUCUCUUUUAGCCUCUCUUUCUCUCUCUCUAUCUCUUGUCUCUAAUCUCUAUUUCUCUCUGUUUUUCUCUCUCUUUUCUCUAUCUAUCUAUUCUAUCUACCUUUCUCUCUCUCCCUCUAUUUAUCUAUCAACAUCCUUGUAUAGACAAAUGAUAAAUGAUGGUUGA